UAAGAUCUCAGUGGUUCAAUAGCAUCCCCAGAGGUCAAGUUAAACCUUGGUGGAGAUUUUAUCAAAGAGUCUACAGCUACUACAUUUCUGAGACAAAGAGGAUAUGGUUGGCUUUUGGAAGUUGAAGAUGAUGACCCUGAAGAUAACAAGCCACUCUUGGAAGAAUUGGAUAUCGACCUAAAGGAUAUUUACUACAAAAUUCGAUGUGUUUUGAUGCCAAUGCCAUCACUUGGUUUUAAUAGACAAGUGGUGAGAGACAAUCCUGACUUUUGGGGUCCUCUGGCUGUUGUUCUUUUCUUUUCCAUGAUAUCAUUAUAUGGACAGUUUAGGGUGGUCUCAUGGAUUAUAACCAUUUGGAUAUUUGGUUCAUUAACAAUUUUCUUACUGGCCAGAGUUCUUGGUGGAGAAGUUGCAUAUGGCCAAGUUCUUGGAGUUAUAGGAUAUUCAUUACUUCCUCUCAUUGUAAUAGCCCCUAUACUUUUGGUGGUUGGAUCAUUUGAAGUGGUGUCUACACUUAUAAAACUGGAAGAGUUAACUGCUGUCUUCAAUAUGAUAACGUGGCCACCUCUUGGUAUGUAUUCCUUUAGCAACCUGAUCUAUCAGGAAGUAUCCAGCAGCUCUGAAGUAAGCCUACAAAUUAGCAAAAUAUCAAGCCCAUCUCUCUUCCUUUUCCCCUCUCCCCUACCCCACCUGAAAAAGAAAAAAAAAAAGCUUAUUUUAAGCUGCAGGAAAAGUAUGGAGGUACCUUUGGACCAGAAUAAUGUGGAAAAAUUACAUAAUGCUGAUUAUUUAAACAAGUUUAGGAAAACAGAAGCAACAGAAGGAUAGAACCUCUAGAACCUAAAAUAAUACGGAAUAGUGAGGAAGGAUCUACAGCUACAGAGGCAGCAACUGUAAAAUGAACAUUUGUCAUACUUCAGGAGUUUCUGAGAUCAGUACUUUGUUGUAGUAGAUUAUUAUAUUUGAUGGUCAUAGUGUUGACUCUGAAAUCUUCCUCAGAACGCUUAGGGGUCCAUACCAGGCAGUAGAAUUUUACUAAGCAAUAAGUCAAGGCAUUUUAGGACCAACUCCAUCAAAAAGAUGGUUUAAAAAUUUUUUAAGCUAUCAUUUCUUUAAGAUGUGAAUAAAAAGUUCACUUAUAUGAAUCACGUUUAUUCCUGAUGAUGUAAAAUAAAAUGAGAUAUUUGUGUUCUAAAAAAGUAUUUAAAAAUAACAGCAUUUAAUCUUGGGACCUGUCCAGUUUAGGAUAUAUAUAAACACAAUUUAUAAUGUUUCAAGCUUAGCUAAUGUCUUCAUGUGCUAAUGAGCAAAGCAGUUAAAACAUUGUUAGUUUGAAAACAUGACUUGUAAAUGUGUGCAAGAUACAGUACUGCUACAGCUAAUAAUGGUAAGCUGACUACAAUGUCCUCUCCUUGAAUUUAUAUAUAAUAAUAUUUUAUGUCAUAUUGAUUGUAAAUCAUGAUUUCCAACCUAAUUAUUAGUUCAUUAGUAUUUUUAAAACAGUUACCCAGAUAGUCUCUUCUAGUUGUCUGUGUGUGCGUAUACAUGUUUUAAGUGUUUUCAGUUGUAGUAAUCCUGAUGAAUGUUAAUCCUCAAAAAAAAAAAAAAAGAAUUAUGAGACAUUUACUUCUGUUUUAAAUUGAUUAUAAAAUAACUGAAAUUUUGAAUAUAAAUCAAAGUCUAUAUAUAAUUUUCUUUGUAUUAAAAUACAGUUUAGGGAGAUUUAUAAAGUUUUAUGAACCAUUACUAAACCUGCUAAUUUCUAAGGUCUAUAAGACAGUUUUAUAUAUAUCUAUUUCCAAACAUUCCCCAAAUAUUAAUAUAUUAAUAUUCUAAAUUAGUGAAAAUUUGCAUUGACUUAAAAUGUGAGGUAGAUAUUUUUGUUUAAAUAUUGUUUAAAAUUUAGUUCAUUUAAAGAAUUCUGAUGUAAUAAACCAUUGAAUAAAAUAAUACUUCUGCAAACAAAUAAAAACAAUAUUUUUCAUAUUCAAAGAACAGUAUUUUAAAUGAUUGUUAUUUAUUUAUCUUUUACAUUUUCAGUAGUGCAUAUUUUAGCUAGUGUUAGGCUUCAGGAAAUUGUGACACGUUUGUUAAGUUUUGUUAAAAUGUCUUACUUCCAUACAGUUUUUUUUGGUAAUUGAACAAAUUGGUUUUCUUGUUUUGUUCUUUGCAUCAGAGAACAACACACAUCAUGGGGAGCCAUAGGGUGUCUCAGAGUGUUUAAAAGGCCCUAUUACAGGAUUUAGGCUUGUGUUAAUACAAUUCAUGGCAGUCUGAAAUAAGUCUUAAUAGAGCCAAAAAUCACCCUCAGGUAUUCUCUGACAUUUUAGUCACAUAAACAAUAUAAGUGUUUUAUUAUCCUGUUUCCUAAAAGGUUUCUUUAACUGAAUGCUUGUACCUAGUACUACAUUUUAAUUUCCCCUUAGAAACUGAAUUACAAGUACUCUAUUCCUCAUUUGUUUAAUCUCCUGACAGU